AUGGCGCAAUACUUCUUCGAUCUUCUGUACAAUUUUACAGAUUGCAUGUGCUGCUUUCCUAGUUCCCCACAGCUCAAGAUCAACAACCGGAGUUUCAAACUCCUGCGCUUGUUGGGCGAGGGCGGGUUCUCCUACGUCUACCUGGUUCAAGACAAGAACAGCUCCGAAUUAUUUGCACUGAAGAAGAUCCGCUGUCCUUUCGGCCAGGAAUCCGUGUCACAAGCACUGAAGGAAGUCGAAGCCUACAACCUAUUCAACUCCCAAUCCAAUAUCAUCCACUCAAUCGACCACUGCGUUUCAACAGAAUCCGGCUCCAAAUUCAGAUCCGACGGCGGGGAUCCAGGCUCCAAGACUGUCUAUAUCCUGCUCCCAUACUACCAGCGCGGUAAUCUCCAAGAUGCCAUCAACGCGAAUCUGGUCAAUCACACCAACUUUCCAGAGAAGCGGCUGAUGGUUCUGAUACUCGGUGUUGCAAAUGCGCUUCGCUCGAUGCAUCAAUAUCGUGUGAAGAGUGGGGCGGCGUCUACUCGAAAAGCGAAGGCGGUUCGGAGAGAGGGUGAGGAGGCAGACGAGGAACGGACAAUGCAGAUGAAGCCGAAACGACGGGCUAGUCAUCGCAUGGCCGAGGAUGACGAGGACGAGGAGAAUGAACCCUUGAUGGAUGAUGAAGUCACUCGAAGCCAAGAAGGUGUCGAAGAUGGGGACCUGCGUCCCUAUGCGCAUCGAGAUGUCAAGCCUGGCAAUAUCAUGAUCGACGACAAUGGCCAAUCACCCAUCUUGAUGGACCUGGGCUCUUUGGCGCCCAGUCCCAUCGCCAUCACCUCUCGCUCACUCGCCUUGGCGGUUCAGGACACCGCAGCAGAACACAGCACUAUGCCGUAUCGCGCACCGGAGCUCUUCGAUGUUAAGACAGGGUCGAUUAUAGAUACCAAGGUCGAUAUAUGGUCGCUUGGAUGCACUCUCUAUGCCUGUCUUGUGGGCAAGAGUCCCUUCGAGGCGCGCAGCGAAGAGACUGGUGGUAGCUUGAGCAUGUGCGUCCUCGGUGGCGACUGGCGAUUCCCUGACGAGAAGUCCGGCGCUUCCAAGGGUAAAGCCAAAUCCGGCGCGAGCGAGGAUGCAUCCAAGAACGAUGGUCCUGCGAUCAGUGCGCCUGUCAAGGAUAUCGUUCGCAGGUGUCUCACUGUUGAGCCCUCUGAACGGCCCGAUAUAGACGAGCUUAUCGAGCUCAUGAAGGGCGUUAUUGACCAAAUGCCCGAAGAUGAUGUUGCAGGACCAUCUCACUAA